AUGCCUCUACGCGCCAAGGUGACCAACCCUGCCUUCAGGGCAACAGCUUCGCUGUCAACCUCCCCCGAACUUCCCAAGGAACUCCCCGGCGACGAGCCUGACGAUGUCCUGUUCAACUCUAUCUACGGCCUCCGCAGCGUCGAGCUCAACCGACCCAAGAAGCUCAACUCCCUUAAUGGCUCCAUGGCCCGAAAAAUCUUCCCCCGUUUGAAGGAAUGGGAAAAGUCUCAAAUCGCGAACAUCGUCCUCAUCUCGGGAGCAGGAUCGAAGGCGCUUUGUGCUGGCGGCGAUGUCGCUGCUCUGGCACUUCAAAAUGAGCAGGGACCGGAGGGACAAAAGGCUUCGACAGACUUCUUUGGACUCGAAUUUCGCCUCGACCACACCAUUGCCACAUACUCCAAGCCGGUUAUCUCAUUCAUGGACGGUAUCACCAUGGGCGGCGGUGUCGGCCUCAGCAUGCACGCCCCGUUCAGAAUUGCUACCGAGCGCACAGUUUUCGCCAUGCCCGAGACAACUAUCGGUUACUUCCCCGACGUCGGUGGUUCUUUCUUCCUUCCGCGCCUGGAUGGCGAGACUGGUACCUACCUGGCUCUGACUUCUGAGCGCCUGAACGGUGUCCAGGCCCUGUACUCUGGCAUUGCGACCCACUACUUGCACUCUAGUGUUCUCAGCAACGUCACCCAGCGUCUGUCCGAGCUGGUUUUCCCCGACCAUGUUGGUCUGCCCGAGCGACUGCAAACCGUGAACAAGACCAUGGCUGAGUACUCGCUUGGUCUCCCGUCUCUGCAGGAGGAGCCAAUGCUUUUGGCUGGCGAGCUGCGCAAGGCGAUUGACCGUUGCUUCAGCUUCAACACCGUUGAGGAGAUAUUCGCGGCGCUGGAGAACGAGACCGAGCAGAAGGACUGGGCCGAGAAGACCCUCAAGACUCUCUCAAGCCGUUCCCCCACCUCCUUGAAGGUUACCCUCCGCCAAAUGCGCCUCGGAAAGAAGUGGAGUAUCUCAGAGACCUUCCAGCGUGAAUACCAGGUUGCCGCCAACUUCAUGCGUCACCCCGAUUUCGUUGAGGGAGUCAAGGCUCGUCUAAUGUCUAAGCCCCCCCGUCAAGCGGAGUGGCAACCGGCCACCCUGGCUGAAGUCUCAAACGAGACUGUUGAGUCUUUCUUCGCCAUCCCCGAAGGCGAAAGCCGCCUGCAGCUGUUGAGCGAGGGUGACUACACAAGUUACCCUCACGAACAGCUCGCCCUGCCCUCCGAGAGCGAGAUUGAGAAAUUUGUCCGUACCCACGGUACAUCAGUUUCUCAGGUCACCAGCGAGUUCGCUCAACGAUGGAACCAGAAGGAGGGUGUCCGCGAAAAGGUCUCCGAGGUCCUGGCUCGCCGGACGAAGCGAACUGAGAAGGGCAUUGAGUGGGUUUGA